UCAAGCCUAGGCUUAUUAUUUACUGAGGAAUCUACCAUUUAAAGACAUUGUGUUGGAUUUUUUUGAAAAAUAAAACAGAUGUUGAAUAUAUAAAUGAUUCUAUACACGACUGUAAAAUAGAAAACGUCAACUUCAAAGCGCGACAAUGAUUGGCUACACCACAGUGAUGUAUGCUUUGACCGCCGCAUCGUUGGUCACAGCUAGACCAUACGAACUCGUUCAAUGCACCCUGGGUGUAUAUCAGAUAAUCGGAAAGGCUGACUGUACGGGAUUUUUCCUCUGUGUGUUUGGGAAACCCAUCGAGAUGCCGCCAUGUCCUCCUGGCUCGGUGUUCAGCUCCAGCGUCAACGUUUGUGUUCCUAAAGGUUCAGUGUAUGAUGACUGCAAGCAACCAACAGAGAAAAGCCGCAUCCAUAUGCCUGUGCUCCCCGACCUAGGGCCUCUUAGCCCAGAGGAACGAUGCAACAUGUUCGGAGGUGUGUUCCCUCACCCAAAGGAAUGUCAAGCCUUCUAUAAUUGCAGCGUCCGCUACACACCUCAGAUUCCCCGGUUCUUCGAGCAACACCUUGUUGAAUGUCCCUACCCCCAGCUGUUCAACACUGAGACCAAAGAGUGUGACUAUUUUGAGAAUGUAAAAUGUGGAAGCAGGACAGAGUUCAAGAAUGGAUGUCAAUACAGAUCCAACCAGUGUCCCGUUGCGCAUUGUAUACCCUGCAGUGUCGACCUUCCAAGUUGUAUAGGCAAACGUGACGGAAUCAACGUUCACCAGGUCAAACUUUGGAGUCCAUUCUACGCGUUAUGCUAUAAAGAACGGACGAUCAAGGUGGAUCGAUGCCCAGCUGACGAAAAUGGCCGAACACAGUUGUUCCAUCCGAAAAAGAACGAAUGCGUUUCAUUGGAUAUGAUUCCUCGAGAACAAGGGGGAAUGAUGCCUGAGUGCGGUACAAAAGUAGACGGGUUCUAUCAGGAUGAAUUUGAGCGAUGUGACCGGUACGUGCGUUGUCAGGGAGGAAAAUACAUUGGCACGGUGAAAUGUGCGGUUGGAGAGGUAUUCGAUGGAUCAAAAGGCGGGUGCGUUCCAAAAGAAAAAGCUUGUGGACCCUGUGGAAAAAUUGACUAUUGCUGAGAGCACAACUUCGAGUCAAAACUGAUGAAAAUGAGCGAAGUGACGAAUGGCGAAGAUGAAUAAGACAUGUUUGAAACAAAAAGCGUUGCUCAAAAACGGACGCGCUGUGUUCGCUCAACGAUCAACUUAAACAUUUCAAAAUCAGCAGUUUUGUUGUUUAUUAAACAAUGCGUGUUUUUAGCAAUAUGUUACAAAACCAAUUGUGUUAGUUGAUUAAGGAUGUAUACGCUGUUAAAAUUUAUUUUAUGAAUGUACGAAUACGAAAAACAAAUUCUUGCUUGAAAAAAGAUCUCUCUACCUAAAUGCUUUGUUAAAUUCAUUUAUUUUACGUCUGUGUCGUUAGCUCUUUGAUAAUUUUGCUGAUCAUUGAUCCAAUGCAUAAUGUAACCAGUAUAUGUUUAUAAUGAACUGUGAUCAUUCAUGUGUAAAUAUAAUCUCAUUAUUUUAUUUAUGGAGUUUGCA